AUGAUGAAAUCUGAAUUGUAAUCAUAAUUUAUUCCCUUAACUUAUCAAUCUCAACCUUAAUACACAUAUUAGUAAAAAGAUCUCUGCAAUGCUAUUGCAAUCAAUCACAAUAAUACUAUUUUGGUAGUUGCAGCAGAUAAGCAUCUUAAUUUUUAAUUUUAAAGAUCAUAAAUAAAAGUUAUGGAAAUAAUUUACUCUAAUACAAGUACCAUAAUCAAUCUUAACUAAAUUCAAAUUAUAUAAGAUCAGCAUUUUGGUUUCAUAAACACACUCAAUUUCUUUAAGAAAAAUCCCUUCAUGCUUGAUAACUUCAUAUCGGGUUCUUAAGAUAAUCAGAUUAUUAUUUGGUAAUUAGAAAUUGUUGAAUCUUCAAAAUUCUGGAUACCAAUAUUCAAAUUAAAAGAACACUCAUCUUCUAUUAAUUGUUUAGUUCUUAGACCUUUUAAUGAAGAUUUAAUUAUUAGUGCUUGUGAUAAAAAAAUAAAAUUUUGGUCAUUAUCAAAUUACUAAUUUUUAUCGCCUUUAAUUUAUUAAGGUUGGGAAUGUUUUUAAACAAUCAAAGAGCAUAAGAGUUAUGUUUUUGGAUUAUCUAUUAAUUAGGAGGGAAAUAGAGUAGUUUCAUGUGGGUAUGACAAGUAAAUUCUUAUUAUUGAAGAAUCAAAUAGAAUAAAAUGGUAUAUGAAAUAAAAGAUUUAAACUUAUAACAUUGGAUUUAGAAUUUGUUUCAUAAUAAACAACUUGUUUGCUUAUUAAUCAUUAGGUAUAAAUUUAUAAUUAUUUAAAUUUAAUGAGAAAAAUGAGAAAUUUUAAAAAAUUAAGGAAAUUCCAGUUAAAGGAGGAAAUUGUUUUUGUUCUCCUUACUUUCCUUCCAGCUAUAUCAAUACGCAAAAUUUAUUUGUUACAAAGAAUGGUUAUCAUUUGAAUUUUAUAAGAUUUAUUUAUUCACAUAAUUAAUCUCAAGAUUUUUAAUGCUCAUUAGAAUCAUCUAUAGAGUUUGAUUAAAAAGGAUAUUGGGGGUAUAUUUAUGGUACACUUAGUGAAGAUGGAAAGCUUUUAAUAACAUGGGACUUUAUUUCAGAACAAAUCUAGUUCAGAACUCAAAUGAUUAAGAAUUGA